AUGGCUUGCGAGCCUGAGACAUCAUCCAGUGCAGUCAGGGGAGGCGGCGACACACUGCCACGGCCAACGAACGACGAUGACCAACGGGCCUUCACUGCCUUGUUGGGGACGCUUAACGCUCGAAUACGAGGCGUGGCCGAGACUCUGUCUACUCCGGCUUUUGAAUCCGACCCCCAUGCCCAACACGCCCUUAAACGUGUUCAGGCACUUCAGGCGCGGUACGGCCGUACUCUCUCGCUGCCGUUUUACCCGACUGGCCAAAUCAAGCAACUUUUGCAGCAACAAAUCGAUAACCUGGUGGUGCUCCAGGCCGAUAUCAAGACACCGUUCAGGGCGGCCGAUAUAAAACUCGGCCCAAUAUCCAAACGUUUCGCCGGUCGACUCACGGCACCACUCUCAAAAGUUUGGGCUCUGGCCGAUGAGUUUGACGCCGCAGUACGCAAGCCGUCAAAUUCCCGACCUCACACAAGAGAAGAUAUGGCAUCUUCCGACCAGCUUAAGAAGUUGCGCACUCAAUACACCCUCGACAACGUCAUCAGUUAUUACGAGAACCAGCAAAAAGCAUCUCCAGGGUCGGGAGACCGGUUCCUGGCUUCUGCCGAAUAUGGUGGCUGGAGUUCAAGUCCUGGGGCAACCCUCUUCGUCCCUGGAAUUCCGCGUUCGGGGAAGUCAGUCAUGACGUCUCUCGUCGUCAACGAUUUGCGCAAGAGCUUAGGUCCCGACGCCAGAGUCGCCUGGUUCCAUUUCAGUUCGUCAUGGCGACAACCAGACAAUCCAAAGUGCGUAGAGACGGCGGGUGCGGUGAUAGCCACGCUAGCUUUCCUCCUCCACCACGAAGACACCGCUAGCCCUCCAGAUGAGGUUGCCAGGCACCUGGAAGAAAAGCUGGAGUCAUGGCCACUAGCAACCACGGUGGUUGAUCUGUCAGAAACCUUGUGGUCUCUUGGGGCCCCUACGAGACGAAUAUUUCUCAUUUUUGAUGCCGUGGAUACGUCGUCGGAAGACGUCCGGACAACACUGUUGCCGCAGCUUCGAUGCCUCCAGGCGACCCUGGGCCUCAAUAUAUUGGCGACGGGACUACUGGGUGCCGGUACCGACCAGCUGUUCCCUCGCGCCGUUUCCCUGGAAAUGCGAGCUUCGCCUGAUGACAUAGCCAAACAUCUCAAUCACAGGAUCGGUUUGAAUCAGCGGCUUCGACGAGUUCUAUUUGACCCAAAGCACGACGACUUUCCGCAGGGAAUCAUCAAGAAGAUGGUAGAAAUGUGUGAUGGAUUAUUUCAUUUUGCGGAUCUCACUCUUCAGUCAGUGACGAAGUUGGGGAGUCGCCGCGCUAUAAUAGCGGCAUUGGAGGAUGGCAGGGUAUUUGACCCUUUCUACCAAGACUUGGUGUUCCGCUUGAACGCCGACCCCGAGUCCAGCAAAUGGCAAGCUCUCCUCCCCUGGGUCACCGUGUCAAAGCGACCGUUGUCAGUUCCUGAACUCCAACACGCCUUGUCAGUAGCCGAGGGUCGUUUUGACUUGGGCGACGACGCUUCGGAAGUCGUGGAGCACAUCAUUAGCAGGUCCAAAGGCUUGUUCAUCCUCCAGAAUAUCAACGAUGUCCCUGUCCUUCAAUUCUGCCACGGCACUGCUGCGGCCUUCUUCAAGCGCACCAAGCCCGAUGCAGCACGGGAGUGGCGCUUGAGUCUUGCUCGUACCUGCUUGCAGUACAUCAGUCCGCUGGGCUCAAUACAAGCCCGACCUCACCCCGAUUACCCCUUUUACAACUACGCGUCAACCUACUGGGACCCGCAUCUCGACGACGUCAACUAUUUGGGUUCACUGUCGGUGCUUCAACAUGAAGUGCUCACUGCAUCCGUUGCGCCCUCAACCUCGGGCAUCACGAACGCGUCCCAAGACGCUGCGCUGAUACUCAUUGCGCCUGUUCACGUCGUUCCGUAUCUCGGUCUAGCUGCCCUGAUACCUUCUGUUCUUGCAGACAACGAAGAAGACCCGAUUCCCAAAGUUCACGCAUUGGACGAGCGGGGUAGGACUCCUCUGUUAUGGGCAGCUUGCGGUGGCAGUCUCUCUGUCGUUCGCUUGCUGCUAGAUCGGGGUGCUGAUCCAAAUCAUGUUGACGAAGCUGGGGAUAACGCCGUCAUCAUUGCUUUCUCUCGAGGGUAUGCAGAAGUUGCCCUCGAGCUCCUCGAGCGAGGGGCUUCGAUUGAACCUUCCGUAGCCGAAUCCGCUUUGAUUCAGGCUGCCGGACGCGGGCACUGUGGUGUUGUCCAGCUGCUUCUUGACCGCGGUGUAAAUCCAGGCGGUGUUCUAGAAAACGGCGACACUGCGACACACAGAUCGGCUGCGAACGGCCAUUUGGAGGUACUUGAACUUCUUAUCCGCACCGCUUCAUCCCGGGGUUUGGGAUUAGAUCAACUCAAUCACGGGUGCAAAACGCCGCUGUUUGCCGCAGCUUGCAACGGGCAUCCCCAGGCAGUCAGAAUGCUUAUCGUAGCCGGAGCAGAAGCCAAAAUUGCGGACGUUGGCGGCCAAACGGCGCUUCAAGGGGCGCUGUUGAACGAGCACUGGUCCGUCGCACAGGUUCUCUUGGCUUCCGAGGUGGACCUGGGGGGCUACGAUGUCGAAGAGCUACUCGCGGAAGCCCUCAAAACUCACCAAUGGGAAUCGAUCGAUUUACUAUUACACCGAUCAGAUACCGGGCUUUCAACGGGCACUCUGGGACGCCUACUCUGGCAGGCCGCGCGGGACGGGGAGGAAUCUGUUGUCAUUGGUCUGCUAAGAAGCCAUCCGGACGCUGUGGACACAUCGGAUGAGGAGUUCAGAAUCACCCCGUUGGGGUGGGCAGCCCAAGGAGGGCAUAUGGGCGUGAUAAGGGCCCUGCUGCGGUGCGGGGCCGAUGUUGAAUGGGAGGACGGUGAAGGCAAACGGCCCGUGAGGCGCGCUAUUGACGCCCGCCAGGAUGAAGCCGCAGCCUAUCUCGUCGGUGUCACGGGCGUGGAGGCGGGCUACACAGACUCUCACUCGACAACACUGCUUGGCCUGGCGUCGCAGCAAGGGAUGACGCUCACGGUUCGGCAACUGCUUGGGCGAAGUGAUCUAGACCACGAAGCCGCCGAUAGCUCCGGCUACAAUGCGCUUUCACUAGCGGCGAAACACGGCCACGUCGACACGGUGCGGGAGCUACUCGAUAGCGGGCGAGUAUCACUCAAACCACCAUGGCGCGACAGAAUCAGGAACAUUUACCCCCUGUUUGCCGCCAUAGAAGCCCGCCAGGACGCAGUGGUCGAGCUCCUCGCGCAGAGAGGCGACGUCACGAGGUCUAACCGGCACAUGCAUGGACAAACCGCCCUAUCGUUUGCCUGCAAACACAGGAACCUGCACGCCGUCAACGCACUCCUCGGUGCCAAACAUGCCAACCCGAACGCUUUCGAUGCAACGUCAGCUAAGACUCCCAUAUGCUGGGCUGUUGAGAUGGGUCACAUUCCCAUCAUCCGGCUUCUGCUGAACGCAAACGCAGAUGUAAACCUAAGGACAUUGGAAGGCUGGACCCCUCUUCACUACGCGGCCAAGUCAGGGAGUGAAGCGAUCAUCAACCUCCUCCUACGGGAAAAUGCAAAUGCCAACGCAACCGCGGUGGACGGCACCACGCCGCUAGUUCUAGCGCUCUCGUUCGCCACCGACAGCCAGAGCGUUGUCCAGCUUCUCCUGCGAUACGACCAUAUCAGUCUCCAUGAGCAAGUGCAGCGAAGCAACGUCGACCUAGUCCGCCGUCUACUAGACGCUGGAUAUAACAUCAACAAGAGAGGUAUGUGGGGGCGGACAGCUCUCCAUUCGGCCGUGGCAUGCGCACCGGACGGAAUCGUGGCUAUGACGAAGGCCCUGCUCGAAGCGGACCCAGAACCGGAUCUGGGCAUCGAGGACACGGACGGCCUGACUCCGCUACGGCUGGCGUUGCGAGAGGAUAGGUUUGAUUUCGUGAAGGCGCUGCUGGAGUCCGCGGUCUGUCCAACUCGAAAUGUCACCGCAGAGGACUGGAUACGAACAUAUAGCUCCAGCCACGGCCCACCGCCCCCAAUCAUCAAGAUACAGCACAGUGUAGACAAGGGCACAAAGGUAUGGGGCCUUUACGUGGCCGACUUCCUCUCCGAACUGGUCAAAGGGCGGGUGUCCCCUACUCUAACGUCGUCUCUGGCCCAACGACAACUCUUCGUGUUUGCGAAACCCCUGAGCGAACUUCCAGGUGUCUCGGCCCAUUUCUUUCCCUCCCCCCGUGACCUCAAUCUACCCCCGAUAACCUUCUCCAAGUUGCCAAGCGGUGGUGUCAAGUGCACCGUUCUCCUGCUAGUCGCUGCCGUCGCUCCUCUUUUAACGGAUCCUGCUUCGAGGAGUGCGAUGCUGGAGCAUGAGGUCAUGAUGAUCGAGUGGAUCGUUAUGAAACAACCCGACAUGAGCAGCCGGACGGGAGAGAGCUGGAAGAGUGUCAGUCAUUUCAGCACCCUGCCCAAUGGGUGGAUUCCGGAUGACGGCGUCGAUUUCUUCAAGCAGCUCCUCGGUGAGCUCCAGGCGAUGUGGUUGCGGACUUGUGGACAGGGAGAAAAGGUCCUGACAGAAUCGAGAAAAGCCGUGCUCAGCAAAGGAGGCACUGACCAGUACAUGAUACGCCGUCUCCUAGCGGAUGCUAGUCAGUGGCUAGAACUGCAGACCAAUCUCCAGGCUCACGUUGAGGCCGCCCACGAGUUCAAAUCCAAGUAUAAGGGCCUGGAUGCCGACGAACAAGCGCUCAACGAGCUCCCAGCCAUGAUCCGAGACUUUGCAGAUCUGAUCGGCCGCAGGCUAGAGGGGCUCAAUGCAAAAUCGCAAGAACUGAUCCAAAUAGAGUUCAACCUCACAUCAAUCGCCGAAGCCAAGAACUCGACGUCGACCAACAACAGCAUGAAGCGACUGACUUGGAUUACGUUCAUCUUCCUGCCUCUCACCUUCAUCUCGACAUUAUUCGGGAUGAACGUCAACGUUCUCGACCCGCCGCCCCCGUGGUGGUGGUAUCUACCGCUUGCCCUAGGGACCAUGCUCUUGUGUGUCGGGAUAUGGAUAAUAUUCAAGAGGAACGAAACGCUUGAGGAUGACUUGGAACACAAGUUUGCAUGGUUGAUCAAGCCUCGGAAGAAGGUGUGGUGA